CUGAGGUGCCAACUCACACCUCACGGAGGAUAUAUACAGCAGGAACACGCUCCACCAGAAACCACAGCCUCAUUCAGCAGAGAAUUUCUCAACUCUGCAGCCAUGGAUAUCUCCAGCUCUUCUCUUCAGCUCCAAGACAGCAGCACUUUCCUGAAAGACUGCGAGAACCUUCUGGAUCAGAGCUACGCUGUAUCAGAUGCGGGAUACUACAGCGCCUGCAGCAGCCUGUCUCCAACCUCUUCCCUCGAUUCCUGCGGCUUCUCCCCUCCGGCUAACCCUGGCAGAGCGGGACAGGACAUACUGCAGAUCUUCCCACAAGACAGCAUCACCACCCAGGAGAAGAGCAAGGUCCAGACCCCCAAGAGAACCGGACGGCCAAGGUCAAAAUUCCCUGGAGUCAAGCGGCAAACUGCAAGUGAACGGGAGAAGCUGAGGAUGAGAGAUCUGACGAAAGCUCUUCAUCACCUCAGGACGUACCUGCCUCCAUCAGUGGCUCCUGUCGGAAAAACCUUGACCAAGAUCGAGACGCUGCAGCUCACUAUCCAGUACAUCUCCUGCCUGUCCGCUCAGCUCGAACUCAGUGAAGACGAGGAAAAUCGUGGAUCUCAGGCCGAGGUCAACGCUGCAUCAACCAUCUUUGACAGCUUCACUGCGACCCCUUCAGAUCCUUUCAGAAGUUUACCAGCUCAGCAGUUCCCAUCUAUGACCUGUUCUCAGACUCCAGUCGAAGGUGAUUUCCUUUCAAUCUCAGCUCCAGAAUUUUGGUUUCUCGAGCACCACAAUUUAUUCCAUGGACAGUUCUGAUCAAAAUGGUCUGAAAUGCACAAUCUUAAUGCAGAUAUUAAUAUGUGCAAUGUUUGUACGACAAUGAAAGACUUUAUAUUUGUAAAUGUUUGUACAGCUAUUUAUAUUUUUCUA